AUGGCCGCCACGACCACAUCUGCCCAGGAUAUGGGCACCGUCACCACCACGCUACAUCCAAACACCAACUUGCUUGCUGCCGUUGCUACCAUGAGUCCGAUGCCCAGCACGGCUCCGUACGAGACAUCAUCCCCCUCUCAACAAGCUCCGCAUACUCUUGCUACCGGCGCCCCGGUACCGACGCCCGCAUCUGCGCCGACUGCGCCAGCUCCUGUAUCACCUGCCCCUGCUGGCGGAUCAGCAGCCUCGGCGGCCGCGGCUGCUGCGGCCGCGGCUGCGUCGGCAUCGCGCAGCGUCAAGAGGCCACGUCCCGUCAAGUCAUGUACCGAAUGUCGCAAACGGAAGCUGAGGUGUGAUCGCAACCUGCCAUGCUCCCAGUGCCAGAAGUCGCACCGCAACUGCAGGUAUGCCGCCGAGCACGACUCCUCCAUGCUCUCGGACGGCUCCGAUGCCGAGGUCGGCGAUCAUCUGCAGCGCCCGCCAAAGAGGAACUGUGUACCCGCAAUCACGCCUUCGGGACCACCGCCGGCGGAAUCCUCGUUCGUGCCCCUUCGCAACGGGGAGUCGGCCGGCCACUCUGCCCUGGAGGAGCUGACGUUGAGACUGGACCGCCUGGAGAGACAGUUCAUGAUCAAGAGCCCCGCUGGUACCGAAUUCAGCGGAAGUGGUCAGCGUUUGCCGCUCUCGCCGGGUACAAUACGAGGGCUGACGGUCAAGAGAGGCGCCCUACGAACACGGUUCUUUGGCCAAAACAGCGUGCGUGUCUUGCUGAACCUGUUCGACGACGCCAAGGAUUUCAUGGCAAACCAGUCCAAGAUCGAGGGCAUCCGAGACAUCAUGUACGGUCUGCAGAUACUCCACAAGCGGAUUCAGGAAGAGUACCGAAAGUCUCUGUCCCCCAUCUCUGUUUUUGCCGACUCUGUCAUUCCGGUCCAGAAGCGCAUGCAUGACAUCCUCCCGAAGAAGGCCGUAUGCGACAGGCUGCUGGCCUCGUACAUCGACACGUCCGAAACCAUCUACCGCAUGAUCCACGUACCGACCUUCAAGGAACAACACGAACUCUUUUGGGAUGGAAAGCUGCCGGGCGACGACUUCCUCCCGCAGCUCCUGGCCGUCCUGUCCAUCGGAUCGAGGUUCGAGACCAAGUCAAAGGGGCUGGGCCACGAACGCGUCGAGGGCGUGCACAUCCCGACGGCCUGCGCACUUGUCCGGUCGUGGCUGGACGGCCUCAGGGGCAAACAACUGGUGGACUUGACGACGUUGCAGACAGAGAUCCUGCUGGUGCACGCGCAAAGAAUGACCACCCCGCGGCCGCAGGACUCGUGGGCCCAGUUGGGCUACAUCGUGCGCAUGGCCAUGACCAUGGGCCUACACCGGGAUCCGUCCGAGUUCGAGCCCCGAAUGCCCGUUUUCCUCGGCGAGCUUCGAAGGAGGUUGUGGUUCACCAUACUCGACAUGGAUUUGCAUCUAUCACUGGCUUGCAACCUCUCGUGUCUCGUGCGCGAGGGCGACUUCACCUGCCGGCCGCCCCGAAACCUCGACGAUGCCGAUCUGUAUUUCGACAUGAAGGAGCUGCCGCCAAGCAAGCCCAUUGACCAGCUGACCGACAACCAGAUGCAGGUGUACGCCGCCAUGACGCUCGGCGUUCGGAUGCAAGUCGCGCACCUGAUCAACCGCGUCGAUUCCGUCCGGGACUAUGGUGAGAUCAUCGAGGUGGGCACGAAGCUGGACCGGUUUCUGGAAGACAUCAACUAUCUGUUCCCGCGGCACGGCAUCCUGAACGAGGUGGAAAAAAGCAAACAGUGGAGGUCCAGGGUCAUCCUUGACAUGCACGUGAGGCGGCCGUUGCUGGCCCUCUACCGCCCCUUCGCCUUGGGGUUGCCGGACGCUCCGUCGCAGAUAUCGAGGGCGUACUUGCGGUCCUCCAUGGUCAUCAUGCGCUACCUCGACGAGCUUGAUCCGCUGCUCACCCACUUCCAGGACGUCAGCGACAUGUACCACAUGGUGCUGAAGAAGGACAUCCUGCAGGCCGCCUUCAGCGUGUGCUUCUACAUCAAGGCGGCCACCGAGUCGCACGCCAACGGCAACACGCUUGGGAUAGCCUCCACCGUGGCCAUGUCGCCCGAUCCCAUGGACGACGGUGUCGCCUUCAGCACCGAGACGUUUGCGCUCUGGUCGCCGUCGCGCCUCAUCAAAACGGUCGAGAAGACGCUCAACCUGCUUGUCCGCAACGUCGGCGGGAACGAUCUGAAGGACAUCGUCGCGCUCGCCGUCGUGCUGGCGUCUGUACAGACCGCGAGUCAAGAGCAGAAGCUGCAAGAGAUCCGGCGCAGCCUGCAGGGCGUACUCGAUGCCUGCAAAGCCUCCACCAAUGCGAGCCCUGAGAAGAUGUCCCUGCAAACCCCAGCCGAUCCGAUGGAUCCAUACAUGCAGACAAGAGCGCCAUUCAUGUUUCAUGCGAAUGCGUCGGCAGCUGCGGUAAGUGACCAUCACGGUGGCUGGGUUUUGUGGGACGGAUGGGACUGGGCUGAUGCGUGGUCGGCAGACUCUGGAUGA